AUUACUGACGCGCUUGUCUUGCAUUUGACGCAGUUCAUCUGACUUGGGUGCCGGUUCAGGUUGUAGGUUGGUUGUGGGGUGUUGUCCUAGGUUGUGUGGUUUUAUUCAAUAGUUUUGUAAUAUUUUUUUGUCCCAAACAUUCUCAAGAUGUCUUUAAAAACUUACGGAGACAAGCCCAUCAGCUUCCAAUUGGAAGAAGGUGGUGAAUUUUACUGUAUUGGAUCGGAGGUGGGCAACUACCUGCGGCUGUUCCGCGGGUCCCUCUACAAGAAGUUCCCCGGCCUCUACCGCAAGUACAUCAGCGUCGAGGAGCGCAAAAAGCUUAUGGACAUGGGUCUCAGUCAGCACAUCCUGGCCUCGAGCGUGUCUCUGCUGCGCGCCUCCGAGAUUGAGGAUCUGAUCACCGGCAAAGACGACCGGUACCGCUCGUCGGCCAUGCAGAACGUGGUACCCAGCGAGGUGAUCGCCGUACCCAAGGAGAUCAAGACGCCCCGGAAGAGCGCUGUGCACGUGCCGGCCCAGCCCAACAGCUCGCACAUGGACCCGGUGCCGCAGUCGACGCCCAUCAACCGGAACCGGGUGGUCACAAAGCGCGUGCGCACCUUCCCCAUGUGUUUCGACGACACGGACCCGGAGCUGAUCCACGACAACGCCAUGCAGGAGGAGCAGCUGGUGCCCAUCCGACUCGACAUGGAGAUCGAGGGACAGAGGCUGCGCGACAUGUUCACAUGGAACAAAAACGAGACGCUGAUCACUCCGGAGCAGUUUGGCGAGGCGCUGUGUGACGACCUGGACCUGAACCCGAUGGUGUUUGUGCCGGCCGUGGCGCAGAGCAUCCGCCACCAGCUGGACACGUACCCCACCGAGACGGUGGCCGAGGAGGCCUCCGACCAGCGCGUCGUCAUCAAGCUGAACAUCCACGUGGGUAACAUUUCUCUGGUGGAUCAGUUCGAGUGGGACCUGGCCAACCCUGACAACAGUCCGGAGCAAUUCGCGCACAAACUGUGCGCAGAGCUCGGCCUGGGUGGGGAGUUCGUCACGGCCAUCUCCUACAGUAUCCGCGGCCAGAUCAGCUGGCACCAGAAGUUUGCGUUCAGCGAGCACAGUCUGACGACGAUCGGCCAGCCGUACCGGCAGCGGCACGAGGCGGACAACUGGGGACCGUUCCUGGAGGCGCUCACAGACGCCGAGAUGGAGAAGAAGAUCCGUGACCAGGACAGGAACACCAGGCGUAUGCGUCGGCUGGCCAACACCACGCCGGGAUGGUGAGGAGGGCUCCCCGACACGUGCGGCGGUGGACGGUGGCCGAACGCGUGCCGGCCCGCUCCCUUCGGUGGACAGAUGGGGGACAGAGGCGGCGGGAUGGGCUGCUGUGGAGCAGCGGGCGCCGUGUCGCACUGUCCGACCGGACAGACGGCGCGCCAGGCGGCCCCGGGCGCCCUCUGUCGCCCUCCCCUGUCGCCGGCGAGCUGCUGUCGUCUGGCAGCCCGCCGUCUGUCUGUAGCGCAUAGUCUGCCCGGGAGGGACUCGUGGCUGUCACCGGUGUGUCAGAUAUGCGCCUUGGUGUGGACCUGAAGACAAAGCUCCUCUACAUCAGACGGCGAACUAACUCGGAGGUCGAGGACCGGGCCCGGGGGGGGGGGGGGGGGGGCAAUCAUGUGCUCGUUGUCGGCGCUUCAUUUUUGUAUCAAUCAUUCAUCAUUGCUAGGUCAAAAUGCUCUGGCUUCUCAUCAGGACGUGCUGUAAUAUUACAGAUCGCUAUUUUGGCCACCUUCCAUUUUCGAUGUAUCCAAAGGGCGCUCUAUGGUAAUGGCAAUUUGUGUGUGGCGUUCGUUUGAAACAAACCCACCGGUAUUUUACCCGAUAUCGGUUUCUUCGUAGAGCACCAUUUUUAUGGCGUUCUUUGCUCGUAUGUUUUCGGAAUCAUUUCGGUUCUCAUGUAUCAUGUUUUGUGAGUCUCACCAUCAUAAUAUAAGACUUCUUAAAA